AUGAAUUAUUUGCGUCGACGUCUCUCUGACAGCACGUUCAUCUCCAACCUGCCCAAUGGCUACAUGACAGACCUUCAAAGACCUGACCCCGCACAGCCUCCUCCACCUGCCUCCACCGCCCCGGCCAAGUCACCCACAGCCGGGCCGACGCCUCCUGCUACCUCCCCUGCUCCGGAGAGGAAUCCCCAGCCAGCUCAGUCCACUGGGGGUGGGUUCUUCAGCUCCAUCACCAAUGUGGUGAAGCAGACCGCUGCCUCAGCAGGGCUGGUGGAGCAGACCCAAGUCACGACGCCCAAGAAGUUUAAGAUUCUCCUUGUCAUUGAUGAACCACAGCAGGAAUGGGCAAAAUUAUUCAAGGGAAAGAAAGUACACGGUGAUUAUGACAUCAGAGUGGAGCAGGCAGAAUUCAAUGAGAUUAACGUUGUGGCUCACGCCAACGGGACCUGUAAUGUAGACAUGCAGGUUCUGAGGAAUGGUACCAAGGUUGUCAGGUCUUUUAAACCAGACUUUGUCCUCAUACGCCAACAUGCCUUCAGUAUGACACAAAAUGAAGAUUUUCGUAACCUCAUCAUCGGCCUGCAGUACGGAGGAGUCCCCAGCAUCAACUCGCUGGAGUCCAUCUAUAACCUGUGUGACAAGCCCUGGGCGUUUGCCCAGCUGAUCAACACCUACAGAAAGCUGGGCCCUGAGAAGUUCCCUCUGAUCGAACAGACCUUUUACCCCAACUACAAGGAGAUGGUUACCAUGCCAUCAUUCCCCGUAGUUGUAAAGAUUGGACAUGCCCACUCUGGAAUCGGAAAGGUCAAGGUGGACAACCACAGUAAGUUCCAGGACAUAGCCAGUGUCGUGGCUCUCACCCAGACUUACACCACCACAGAACCGCUCAUCGACUCCAAGUAUGACAUCAGGAUCCAGAAGAUUGGCAACGAUUAUAAAGCCUACAUGAGAACAUCCAUAUCUGGGAACUGGAAGACCAACACCGGUUCAGCCAUGCUUGAACAGGUGGCCAUGACUGACAGGUACAAGCUGUGGGUUGACACCUGCUCAGAGAUCUUUGGAGGUCUGGACAUCUGUGCAGUCAAGGCUAUCCACGGGAAAGACGGCAAAGACUACAUCACAGAGGUGGUCGGCUCUUCCAUGCCCUUGGUAGGGGAACAUCAGGCUGAGGACAGGCAGCUCAUCGGUGACAUGGUGCUUACAAAAAUGAACGAGGCAGCAGAGAAGGCAGCUAACGUGCCCCAGAGACCUACCACCAUACAACCAUCUCAGAGUGCUGGCCAGAAGGGCGAGACUGUAGGUGAACCAACCAAGAAUGGUGCCGGACGCCCACCUCAAGGUUGUCUGCAGUACAUUCUCGAUUGUAAUGGCGUUGCAGUGGGUCCAAAACCAGUCCAGGCCAACUGA